CAUCAUCCUUCCAUCGUCAUCCCCUCGCUCUUCUCACCCAUCAUAUCUCCUCCUUCCCUCCCUCCCUCUCUCUCUUCAUCCUCAUUCCCCUUCUCGUCCCUCUUCAUCUCCCCUCCUUUCCAUUUGUCCUCACCGGUCAUGUUAGCCGUCAUCGACUUCGGCUAACUACACUUCCGGGGUUCACGUCGCAACCAUGGCUGCGCAAUCCAAGUUAUUUCCGCCCGAGCGGUCUAUCCGACACCUCUUCUCCCGCCUGGCUGCCACCUACCUCCGUCAUCGUAAACAAAUCUCCCGUACUGUGUAUUUAGCUCUCUUCGCCGCUCUCGUGAAACGCGUCCAUAAUGCCAUCUCCGAGCAAAAGGCCGCCUCCCACCACCAGGAAGAACUGCGCCGACGCCCUGGAACCAGUAGUCUUGGCGAAGGCGGCGAUCGUCCGCGCAAAAAGGUCGAAGUCAACCGGGAGUUCUUUCGCAAUCUGCUUCGUCUGUUGAAGAUCGUGAUCCCCGGUUGGCGGAGCAAAGAGUUACGGCUUUUGUUUGGCCACAGUGUCUUCCUGGUGCUGCGGACACUGCUGAGUCUGUAUGUGGCCGAGCUGGAUGGCCGGCUGGUUAGCAAUCUGGUGAGAGGGAGAGGCAAGGACUUCUUGCUGGGGCUAGUGUGGUGGAUGAUAGUGGCAGUUCCUGCGACAUUCACGAACUCCAUGCUAUCUUAUCACCAAUGCAAACUCGCUCUCUCUUACCGCAAACGCCUGACAGACUACAUCCAUGACAAAUAUUUGUCGAACAUGACGUUCUAUGCCAUAUCCGCUUUGGACGAUCGGGUCAAGAACCCCGACCAGCUCAUCACAGUAGAUGUUUCAAGGUUCUCCGACAGCCUGGCAGAGCUGUACUCCAACCUGGCAAAACCGAUUCUCGACAUGGCCAUCUACAACUACUCUCUUUCCAAGAGUGUGGGCGGAGAAGGCCUGUUUAUUAUGAGCCUCUUGGUGCAAUUAUCCGCCAAUGUUAUGCGAGCCUUGACGCCACCAUUCGGCAAAUAUGUGGCCGACGAAGCACGUCUGGAAGGCGAGUUCCGGUUCCUGCACUCGCGUUUGAUCGACUACAGCGAAGAGGUGGCUCUCUACCACGGCCACGAGGCAGAAAAGGACACCUUGGAUAAGGGCUACUUCACUUUGAUUAAACACGUGAACCGCAUUCUUCGCAGACGCUUAUACCACGGAUUCAUGGAGGAUUUCGUUAUCAAGUACUUCUGGGGUGCCUUGGGAUUGAUCCUCUGCAGUAUCCCUGUCUUCUUCCGCAUUCCCGGCCAAGUCACUCAAACUAUGGGCGACCGUACCGAGAGCUUCGUUACCAAUCGAAGAAUGCUGCUUUCUUCCUCAGACGCUUUUGGGCGUCUAAUGUUCUCCUACAAAGAAAUCUCCGAACUAGCUGGUCACACAGCCCGUGUCUCUUCGUUGCUAGAGGUUAUGGACGACCUCUUAGCCGGCCGAUAUGAGAAGAAGCUUGUGUCCUCCGCCUCCACAGAAGAAAACUCCGCCAUCUUAUCCGGUCGCGGAGUCGUCGAGGAAAGUGAUUCAAUUGAAUUUACUGACGUCCCUAUUGUUUCACCAAACGGCGAUGUUCUCGUCCGCAAAUUGUCCUUCACCGUGCACCCAGGCGACCACCUUCUGAUUGUUGGACCAAACGGAUGCGGCAAGUCCUCCCUGUUUCGAAUUCUCGGUGGCCUGUGGCCUGUCUACGGAGGCCAAGUCAAGAAGCCCCGAUUUGACGACAUCUUCUACAUCCCUCAGCGCCCGUAUCUUUCGCGAGGUACGCUCCGCCAACAAGUUAUCUACCCAGACGGUGUCCGCGAAAUGCGCGCCAAGGGAAUUACCGACGAUGAUCUCUACGAGAUCCUCUCAGUCGUGGAGAUCGCUUCUGUUGUUGAUCGCCCUGGAGGUUGGGACGCCGAGGAAGAAUGGCGCGACGUCCUAUCCGGUGGUCUGCAACAACGGAUAGCCAUGGCCAGACUAUUCUAUCAUCGGCCAAAGUUCGCCAUUUUGGACGAGUGCACCUCCUCUGUUACUUUGGAGAUUGAACGUGUUAUGUACGAAACAGCCAAGAAGCUAGGUACUACGCUGAUGACUGUGUCCCACCGACGGAGUCUUUGGAAAUAUCACAAGAAGAUUCUGCAGUUUGAUGGGCAAGGAAGCUACAUCUUCACUGGUCUGGACUGGGAAAGGAGACUAAAGUUGGAAGAUGAGAAGGAGGAGCUGGACCUCCAACUUCGCAUGGUGCCAGAGUUGCAGAGGCGCAUGGCUGAAUUGAGCGCGUAGGGCCGUGAUUCGUUCACGUGUUCAUUUGCCUGAAGGGAUAUAGAGUAUAUAUGGGGUUUAUAGUUGUUGUCGCUGUGUCACUUGCCGUGCAAUGGUUGCGUUAUGGUAUGUGUAGCGCGUUUGGGGCAACUUACACAUUCAUGAUUAAUGUAGAAGACAUAUGGAACUUUGUAAGAACAGUUAGUUGCAUAGAAUAUAGCUGUUUGAUAAUUGCUGAUCC